UUUAUCUGUAUCAGAUGGAAAUUUAAAACAUUUUUGGAAAAAUACUGGUCUUUGUCCUCCAGAUCCUCAUCAAGAAGCUCACAAGUAUCUUCUAAGUGAUCAAAUGAAACAUAAUUUUGCCUUAAUUGGAUCGCUUCCUCACAAUGGAAUUGAACAAGUUCGAAUCCAUUGGCUUCUUGAUUUAGUUAAAGUGAGGAAAACAAGUUACAAAUAUUUAGAAUAUUCAUUUGAUUAUUUGGAUCAGUUAAUUGAUAUCUUAAGAUCAAAUGAAUUAAAACCAGGAUUUGAAUUAAUGGGCAAUCCAAGUAAUAUAUAUAACAGUUUUGAAAAUAAUACAGAAGUUUAUUUGUGGAGAAAUUUCGUUGAAAUUCUUUCAAAAAGAUACAUUAGUAA